GUUGAGCUUUCGCAGCUCCGGUCGCUCCGCGGGCAGCGCUGGCUGCCUCCGAUAUUCCGGCUCGCUGUGGAUUGUGGGAGUCGGUGGGGGACACUGCCCAGGCUGGUUACCGGGAGAACUGGGAGAACUGGGAGCGGAUUUGUUUUGACCCCGCUACCUUGCUUUAGCCCAACGCCGGCGGCACUCUGAGCGCCAUGUCGAGCCGAGGAGGAAAGAAAAAGACGACCAAGACGUCCCGGUCCACCAAGGCCGGCGUCAUCUUCCCUGUGGGGCGCAUGCUGCGCUACAUCAAGAGGGGGCUGCCGAAAUAUCGCAUCGGCGUGGGAGCGCCGGUCUACCUGGCCGCCGUCCUCGAGUACCUGACCGCUGAGAUCUUGGAGCUGGCUGGCAAUGCAGCGAGAGACAACAAAAAGGGCCGAGUGACGCCGCGGCACAUCCUGCUGGCCAUCGCCAACGACGAGGAGCUCAACCAGUUGCUGAAAGGCGUGACCAUCGCAGCAGGCGGCGUUUUGCCCAACAUCCACCCGGAGCUGCUGGCUAAGAAGCGAGGUGCCAAGGGGAAGUUGGAGACGCCGGUGUCGCCGGCGCCGGAGAAGAAACCCAAGACGGUGAAGAAGACUGCAGCGAAGAAACUGGGUGGGAAAAAGGCUGGAGGGAAAACCAAGAGAGGCGAGGUGAGCAAGUCGGCGUCGGCAGACAGCACAACGGAGGGAUCUCUGGCCGACAGCUUCACCGUUCUCUCCACCAAGAGUCUCUUCCUGGGUCAAAAGCUCAACCUCAUUCACAGCGAGGUCAGUAACUUGGCUGGCUUUGACGUGGACGGGGUCAUCAACCCCACCAACGCCGACCUUGAGCUGAAAGAUGACCUAGGCUCCGCUCUGGAGAAGAAAGGAGGGAAGGAUUUCACCGAGGCGCUGCAGGAGCUGAAGAAGAAGAACGGCCCCCUGGAGGUGGCUGGAGCCCUUCUGACCGGCGGAUUCGGUCUGCCCGCCAAGUACGUGAUCCACUGCAACAGUCCAGGCUGGGGCUCCGAGAAAUGCGAGGAGAUGCUGGAGAAGACGGUGAAGAACUGCCUGGCGCUGGCAGACGAGAAGAAACUCAAGUCUGUGGCCUUCCCCUCCAUCGGCAGCGGACGGAACGGUUUCCCCAAGCAGACGGCGGCCCAGCUGAUCCUCAAGGCCAUCUCCAGCUACUUCGUGGCCACCAUGUCUUCCACCAUCAAGACGGUCUACUUCGUUCUGUUCGACAGCGAGAGCAUCGGCAUCUACGUCCAGGAAAUGGCCAAACUGGAAACCAGUUAGAGGACUGGCCGCUCGCUCUGCUCGUCCCUCUGCUUUCUGUUUUCUGUUGGAGAGAGAAAAUGAAGAAAAUCACAAGAAGAAGAAGAAGUAGAAGUGUAAAGGCCGGGAACUUGGUUUUUGCAUCAUGUUUGUAUGUUUACUCUAUAGUUUUAUUCCUUAUUUUCUCGUCACCUCUGGUGUUUAACUGUAAUGUAGCUUUUUCUUUCUAAGAUCUUUUUACUCAGACAGUGCAGCACAAAACGAAACCAACAAUUCCCAUUUAGUUUUCAGAAUAUAUAUAUAAAUCCAGUAAAAUGGGAGCGGUGCUGCGCCGCGCGGGCGGUUUGGACGAUACGGGUCGGUGCAUGAGGCAGUAAAAACGGCUCUUCCUCUUGAGCUCGGUUCACUUUAACUGUGUCGUAGUUUUGGGUUUGGAGCGUCUGUCGUACUGUAAAAAGAAAACGGUAAAGAUUUGUUCCGUCUUUAGGAGACUCCAGUAUCGUGUUCUAGAACCAGUUCUUGUGUUGUGUGUUGCUAAUUUCACUUUUCUUGCCUUUUGUUUAGACAGGCAAAGUAUUUUCUCUGUGCACUGCAAAAACGUAGAAAGUUGUUCCAAGCAGCGUAAAUUCAUCCGUUUCUGGCUGAAAACUGGAGGUUUUUGCAGAACGCCUUUUGUUUCUCUUCGUGUUCCUAUAAGUGUUCAUAUAGAUAGGAGUGUUUGUGAAACAUUAUGGACAAAUAUUAAACUGUAACAGAAUUUUAUUUGUUUUAAUUUCCCGUGAUUAUAAAAUGGCACAAAGAGUUGGAAGAAAAAAAGUCGUGUAAGAUUGUUUUGUGUGUGUGUUCCUCUUUUUGUUUGUUUUUGUUAAGCCAUAAAAGAUAUUACUGCUGGAACCGGAGGCUGCUGCUGUUGGCUCGGCCGCCGCCAGGGGGCGCUCUGUCCCCAGACAUGGGGCCGGUCCUGUCAGCCAUGUUUGUUUUCCUCAGCAGCGCAGAUGGAUCAGAUUUGAGCGGAUUGGGAGCGAAGGACAUCAGACGUGCAGGUCUGCAUUUGGACUUUUCAGCAGCUCGACUUUCUUAUGAGAAGAUAAAAAUUGUUAAACGCUUUCUAAAGAAUUGCUACAGUCUGAUUAUACAAAAAAUAAAAGUGUAAUCCAAGUAAUAAAAACCCUUUAAAAACGUCA